UCUUGAUCGAUGUAAACUCACGGGACAAGCGGAUCACUGUCCUUGCUUCCUCGUGAAAAGCAAAAUACAUAAGCAAGUGCGCGCGUUUGUAAUUGAAGUCCGACUACUGCGCGACACAACAAUCUCACGUAUUUAUUCUCCAAUCCCAGUGGUAUUGCUUCUGGAUGAAAAUAAUCGAGUCACCGCUGUCAAGUCAACUGCUGAUCCGGGAUCAAGUGGUGAACAGGGUAUAACCGGAGCAUGAUCGAGUCUUUAUGGCUUAUCCCUGAAGCCUUGAGAAUAAAAAACAGAUCAAGAUGCCUCCGAAGCAGAGGAAAAUAGCUAUUAUGGGGUACAGAUCAGUGGGAAAGUCUUCAUUGAGCAUUCAAUUCGUCGAAGGACAGUUUGUGGAUUCUUAUGAUCCAACUAUUGAGAAUACAUUUACUAAAAGUACUCGUGUAAAUAGUCAAGAUUACGAAGUUAAGUUAGUUGAUACUGCUGGUCAAGAUGAGUACAGCAUAUUUCCCACCCAGUAUUCCAUGGACAUUCACGGUUACGUCCUCGUGUACAGCAUAACAAGUGCAAAAAGUUUUGAAGUUGUACAGAUUAUCUACGACAAGUUGCUGGAUAUAACUGGAAAAGUUCAUGUUCCAAUCGUUCUAGUUGGUAACAAAACAGAUUUGUACGUAGACAGAAUGGUGACGACAGAGCAGGGGAAACGUCUGGCUGACUCUUGGCACGCGGCAUUCCUGGAAACGAGUGCAAAACAGAAUGAAUCAGUUGCUGAUAUAUUUCAUACACUGCUGAUGGAGAUUGAAAAGGCAGAUGGCAAUGUACAAGAAACUUCGAAGUGCAUAAUCUCUUGAAUAUAAUGGAAUUCAAAUCUAGAACGAUGAUAAUCAUAAUUAAACGAGACGCAGAGGGAGUCGACGCGUUUUAUUUGAAUUGAUUAAUACGCAGGUACCGAAUGUGAGUCGUAAAUCCGCCCCACUUAUUUUCAUUUUACUAUUGAAAAAAGGUUUUACGUUGAAUCCAGUGAUUCAUCGGUUGAUGCAUGGGAUGCUGACACUGUAUAGCUUUUUUGUCAUCGGUAUUUGCAUUUAAUCUUUAAUUUAAGUAAUUAUUCAAUUGCUAUUUAUAUCGUCCUCUUUUAUAUUCAUUGGUGCCGAAAAUAUUUAUCUAUUUAGUGAAUUAUCUGUUUUCUGGUCUCUCCAAAAUGUGGAUUAUUCACUUGUGAAAACUAUUCUGGUAGUUUUGUGCCUCCAAACAUCAGCUGUAUCAUAUAAAUCAAAAAAUUAUCGAGUGGAUUCAGUGUCAUUGGUUUUUGCCUUGUCAGCAUGAAUCUUUUACAUUUCAAAACCGAAGAAAAACGAAAACUCCGAGAAUUUGAAUGUUAUAGAACAUAAUUUUCAUAAAAAUUAAUCUUCUUACCUGUUCCAUUGGGGUGUGUUUGUAUAAUGUGGAAGCAAUUAAAUACUGUAUGUGUUCCUGGAGGAAAGUUCUGCUUGCAAGAAUGCAAUCAAACGACUAUGCAGAGAAACAAUGUAAAUAAAGUAAUAAAAUCUUUGAAUUGCAUAAUAUAAAAAUGUAGGGUAUGUAAUAAAUUGAAUAAAAUGAGGGAAAAUCUAUUCCUAAAAAUCAAAACACGUGUGAAUCGUUUUUUUUUUAAAGUUAUCCCAGUAGUUGUGUGCCUCAUUUACAUUUGAAACUCAAUGAAAACAAAAAUUUCAAUAAUUGCAUUAUAAUACAAUGACAUUUUCAUAAAAAUUAAUCUUCUUACCUGUUUCAUUGAAGUGUUUGUAUAAGGGUGGAAGCAAUCAAAUACUGUAUGUGUUCCUGGGGGAAAGUUGUGCUUGCAAGAAUGCAAUCAAACGACUAUGCAGAGAAACAAUGUAAAUAAAGUAAUGAAAUCUUCGAAUAGCAUAAUAUAAAAAUGUAGGGUAUGUAAUAAAUUGAAUAAAAUGAGGGAAAAUCUAUUCCUAAAGAUCAAAACA